UUUUUUUUUCCCCAGUCUAUCUUUUUCUUUUUCUUUUUUUUUUGUUUUAGUACGUGAUGAGACUAACGGUGACAACUAACGAUGAUGAUAUUUACAAUCUGGCAAUAGAUACUCAAAUGUCUUUAGAAGAUUUGAAGGCAUUAUUGGAAGGUGAGUCUGGCGUUCCUCCUACUGAACAACAUUUGUAUCACAAUGGACAAGAACUAUUGGACCUGAAGAAGACAAUGGAACAAUAUGGAAUAAAUGAUGACGAUAUGCUUCUUCUGCAACGAAAAGUGACUACGACAACAACAAACAAUGAUUCUGAUAAUAUAAGUACGGGGAAUGCCAAUUUUGAUCUUAUGCGUCAACAUGUUCUCAGUGAUCCAAGACUCUUACAACAACUUGCGAACUUAAAUCCUGAACUUGCUCGUGCAGCUAUGAACGAUCCUAGUCGAUUUACAACAAUGGUACAACAGCUGGAACAAAGUCGACAACAAGCUGAACAUCAACGGACUCAAAUGAUAGCAGCCAAUGAUGAUCCUUUUGAUGUAGAGGCUCAGAAACGUAUUGAAGCUGCAAUCAAACAAGAAAAUAUUGCUGCCAAUUUGGAGGCUGCUAUGGAAUACAAUCCGGAAUCUUUUGCUAGGGUGACUCGCUUAUAUAUCAACGUUGAAAUCAAUGGCAAAAAGUUGGUGGCAUUGGUGGAUUCUGGUGCUCAAAGCACUUUAGUCCUGAAACAGCUGAACGGUGUGACCUUAUGCGAUUAGUAGAUACUCGAUUUGCAGGGAUUGCAAAAGGAGUAGGAACAGCCAAUAUUCUCGGUAGAGUUCAUAGUGCUCAAAUGAAACUUAGUAAGGAUCUC